AUGACUUACAUAACAGUAAAUUUUGACUAUGUUCAGUAUUCUAAACGCGAUGGUAGGCCCUAUUUCCAGGACCCAAAACACCCGAUGUGGAUACAGUUCAUAGAGAACGGCGAGUGGGUAUCAAUUCAUGUGUUGUGGAUAAAGCCGUACGUUUUUCUACAACAUUUUUCCCCUUUCGCCGUACUGGGACUAAUUCUAGAAAGAGAGAUCAUGGACGAGAACAUGAAAAAGAUCGUGGAAGAAGCGAAAAGACUGCUUCCCCAGGAAAAAAGCGCGACCGAGACAAUUAAUUCAUCUCAGCGUCCAACUUUGCCGUCCCUCCAGUCUUACCAUGCGGACACGCCGUUAAAAGCCACGCAUCACAACAUAGCCACUUCGUCGCAACAACGACUUCUUCCCGGACCGAAAUCGGACUCAUCGCUAUUCACACGGAGAAAUUCAUAUUCUCAAACUCCUAGAGAAGAGACGCAGCCUGGACCGGUCGCUAUCGAUGGUCACCAUCCGAGAUCUGAUUAUUACAGCAUGUCAGAUAAAACAUUGCACGGACGUGGAGGUCUACAUGCGGUACCUAUCGUCGACAACGAACAUAUCAACAAUCAGUCAACAGCUGUACUGCCCAGGUGUUCGCAAUGUAUGCGUACUAUGUCUUAG